AUGCUGGAAAAAGACUCUUUUCUGUCCUCACCGGUUACCAGUCUCAUCAUGUCGCACAAGAUUCCCGCAAUUGUCUCCCACCUGGUGAGCGACCGGGCCAAGAAGAUGAUUGACGUUGUUGCCAAGUUUGUCGAGGAAGAGUGCAUCCCUGCCGAUGCCGUUCUCGAAGCCCAGAUUGGCGAGGGCGACGCCCGCUGGGAAAACCACCCGGCCAUCAUCGACGACCUCAAGGAGCAGGCCAAGAAGCUCGGUCUGUGGAACAUGUUCCUGCCCAAGGGCCACUACAAGGAGUCGCCCGGCUGGACCAACCUCGAAUACGGCCUCAUGGCCGAGUGGCUGGGCCGCUCGCGCAGUGCCUCGGAGGCGUGCAACUGCGCGGCCCCGGACACGGGCAACAUGGAGGUGCUGGCCAAGUACGGCAACGAGGCGCAGAAGAAGGAGUGGCUCGUGCCGCUUAUGGAUGGCAAGAUCCGCUCCGCGUUCCUCAUGACGGAGCCCGACAUUGCCUCGUCCGACGCCACCAACAUCCAGAUGGACAUUCGCCGCGACGGCGACGAGUACGUCCUCAACGGCUCCAAGUGGUGGUCCAGCGGCGCCGGCGACCCCCGCUGCCAGCUCUACAUUGUCAUGGGCAAGACGGACGCCGCCAACAAGAACGUCUACGCCCAGCAGUCGGUCGUGCUCGUGCGCGCCGGCACCCCCGGGGUCAAGAUUGAGCGCAUGCUCAAGGUCUACGGCUACGACGACGCGCCGCACGGCCACGGCCAGAUUACCUUUACCAACGUCCGCGUGCCCGUCAGCAACAUGGUUCUCGGCGAGGGCCGCGGCUUCGAGAUUAUCCAGGGCCGUCUGGGACCUGGUCGCAUCCACCACGCCAUGCGAUCCAUUGGUACUUCGGAAGUGGCUCUCGACUGGAUGCUGAUGCGCGUCAACGACCCGCGCAAGAAGCCGUUUGGCAAGUUCCUGCGCGAGCACGGCGUCAUCCUCGAGUGGAUCGCCAAGUCGCGCAUCGAGAUUGACGCGGCGCGCCUCAUCGUGCUCAACGCGGCCGUCAAGAUGGACGAGCAGGGCCCCAAGAAGGCGCUGACGGAGAUUGCGCAGGCCAAGGUGCUGAUCCCGCAGACGGCGCUGACCGUCAUCGAUCGGGCGGUGCAAUCCUUUGGCGGCGCGGGCAUCUCGCAGGACACGCCGCUGGCCAACAUGUGGGCGGGCAUCCGCACGCUGCGCUUCGCCGACGGGCCCGACGAGGUGCACCUGCAGCAGAUGGGCCGCAACGAGAACAAGCGCGGCAAGCAGGCGGCCGACAAGAUCAAGUGGCAGCAGGCCAAGAGCAAGGAGCUGCUGCAGCGCUACGGCGUCGAGAAGAAGGAGAUUGGCUCGCAGAUUAAGCACGCCAAGCUGUAG